UUUUUUUUUUUUUUUGCAGCCAUCAUAUUCUGCGUCGGUGUGCAUCACUUGGGGGGGGCAGAAUCGGCGCACAUUUGCUACAGUAAGGUACCAUCAUUUUUUUGUGGAGUCAAGACGAUGGAUGUAGCUUCAUCCGGAUCUUUUGCUGCAAAAACGGCGGACAGACGCGGUUUUUUAUUCCAAACGCAUCCGCAUCUUCCGUACGUUGCAAAGUGUCUUUGAAUAGGGGGGGGGGGAAGCGACGGACCUCUGGAGGAAAUGAGAAGAAAGGUCUAUUUUGACUCACGCCUGUCGAGAUGGAGGCAUCAUUAAGAAGACCUUUACAUUCCAGAUCAAACACACCUCAUUUAGAUCAUUGUUAUUCUGGGUGAGAGCAAAGAAGCCUGUCUUAGUUGUGACCUACACAUUUCUUUUGCCUAUGAGCUCUGAAUCACAAAGAAGAUUGAUCCCACCCUCGACUCCAUGUAGGAACUGCUCCCUCCGAUUUCCCCGGCCUCGAUUCGUGCUUGGAUUUCAGGAUUCAGUCAAAUCCACAAGGACAGAGUAUGCCAUCUGCACCUUUUCACAGAAUCCUACGACCCCUUCUGCUCGGCACUUUCAUUCUGGGAUGCUUUGUGACUCUGUUUUUGAUGUAUUUUAAACCAUCCACCAGCUGGUUAUCCGGUCCCGUAGAGUCAACGGUAUCCACAGACCGGGUCAAGAACCUCUUCUCCACCAGGAGCGAUAAAAACGUGACCACCGUGCUGAUCUGGCUCUGGCCUUUCGGACAAACCUAUGACCUGGGCGUGUGCAGCUCUCUCUUCAACAUCGAGGGCUGCUUCAUCACAGCGGACAGGAACUUCUUCAACAAGUCCGAUGGGGUCGUCAUCCACCACCGGGACAUCUGCACCGAUCUGUCCAACCUGCCACCGAUCCAGCGACCUUCUUUCCAGAAAUGGGUAUGGAUGAACUUAGAGUCGCCAUCCCACUCCUCCCAGCUGCCUGGGAUCGAGAACCUGUUCAAUCUGACUCUCAACUAUCGUCAGGAUGCUGACAUUGAAGUGCCUUAUGGGUCCAUCGUAGCAGCGGAGGGCGAGGAGGACUUUGUCCCACCCAGCAAAAACAAGCUGAUCUGCUGGAUUGUGAGCAACUGGAACCAGGAACAUGUGCGCGUGAAAUACUACAACGAGCUGUACAAACACAUCGAGGUUCACGCGUACGGGCAAGCCUUCGGAGAGUACAUCGCUGACCAAGACUACUUCCCCACCAUGGCCAGCUGUAAGUUCUACCUGUCCUUCGAGAACUCCAUUCACAAGGACUACAUUACUGAAAAACUCUACAACCCGCUCUCGGUGGGCACCGUGCCAGUGGUUCUCGGCCCGCCAAGGCAGAACUACGAGAACUUCAUCCAGGGUGACGCUUUCAUCCACGUGGACGACUUCACCUCACCCAAGGAGCUGGCUGAUUAUCUGCUGCUCCUGGACAAGAACGAGGAAAUGUACCUCAGGUACUUUGAGUGGCGACGGCACUUUAAAGUAAAGAAGGCCUAUUUCUGGGCAGAGCACACAUGCCUGGCGUGUGAUUACCUGCGUAGGCACAAGGAGUACAAGUCUUUCAAUAACCUUGACAAGUGGUACUGGGGCGGAUAGUGCUCUGAAGGGCUAUGCAGUGCUUGUUUUUGUUAUUGAAGGCAGUGCUUUAAGAUUUUUGUCCUUCGGUUAACAUGAAGGUUCAUCACUGUUCUGUCCCGUUCUCUCCAAUGGUUUUUUUUGUUUUUCAGAGACCCAGUGAGACAUCCAUCUUGUUUUUUUUAUUUAUUUGCAAGCCAAUUUUGCUAAGCCUUAUUUUGCCUUCUGUUUUUCAUUUAUUAUUUAUUUUUAACGGAUUACCAAUGCACUUCAUUUUUAUUGCUAUUUUAAUCUUUAUUUGGCUUAAAAUGCCCACAUUUGCUGCUAUUUUUUGAAUUUAUGAUUUGUCCUGACAUUAGUAUGAAUGUGUGAUGAGUUAGCGUUUGUAUGGAUAUUCCUGUGUAACAGAUAUCAUUCAUGAUGCAAGGUUUUUUCUUCUUUUUUCCUUAAAUAUCACCUUUACAUUAAAUGGCACACAGCAUUCAUAAGACUAUUGUUGGCUGCAGAGGGAGCCUGGUUUUAAAAUAGAAAAUAUUUAUGUAAUAUUUAUUACAGUGAGGCAUUAUAAGAUAACUAAAACAAUCUCAUCUGUGCUAGUGAUGCUGUCACCUAUGCAGUGUUUACUGAACUUAAAUGUGAAAGAAGUUCAGUUGUGUCAUAUAUAUGGUGUAUUUUUGGAAAUAUGCAUUCGUCAUUUCCCCCCCCAUAUUUUUAUAAGUUUGCAUUUGCACUUCUAAUCCAACUGUUUUUACAUAAUGUACAUUAUGUGGCUGUAGUUGACAUAUGGUGAUCAUUACCGCAGUAGUCUCUGACAGCAGAUGUGACUCCACUCCGUGAGAGGGAGGUUUCUAUUUUAAUAUUAUUGUGAAUUGUUCAUUGUCACAUGUGAUGUGUCGAGGAGCAGUGGGAUCCUGGUGGAUGAUGAUGAUAAUACAGCACAGAACCAUUGUACUGCAAUAUGAAACUCCCACACACCACAUUAUGUUGCAGUAUGAUUUCAUCUACAGAAAUCUGUAAUUUAGAGUUGAACACAGUGAUGCGAAAGAGCACAAAACGAACAUCACCCUCAUACCUUCGAUUAAGCUAUUUUAUUGUGUCUACUGUACUGUCAUCCCACAAUGUGACCUUAUGUAUUUACACUCAUAUUUUCUUUUCAAUAAUAUCAAGCGGAUGAUGCCAUGUGGGCCAAGUGGAUGUGAAUAAGGAUGAAGUCAGACCAGCUGAGAUUCUGUCCACAUGUUUGGGAUCUGUAAAGGAAAAUGUGAAAUGCUCUCAGUUACUGCAAGAUCAUCCAUAUUUCUGUCUUUGAAUCAUCACUCCGCCGUGUUGUUCGGCGAGUUAAGAGGUUGCAUGUGAGAAAUAUUUUUUUCUGUUUACGCUCCUGUUUACAGUUGUGUGGCUUGCCAGCCAACCUACACCACUUAAGAUCACACUACUCAAUAUCUGUAGAUAAAACACAUCGCUAUUAAAUGUUGUCAGAACAGCCAAUCCACAAACAAUGCAUCUCAACAGCACUCAGCAGCUAUUGACAUGAAGAGUCAGUUUAUACAGAAGUAACUGUGCGAAACUAUGUCAACAUUUUAUGCAAGAUGAGCCGGCAUUUUCUUGGUCAAAGUACUCUAACAUGUUUCAGGUUAUUAUCAUUUUGAUAUGUCUUCACUUUCAAAGGGACCAUUGUUGUAAAUGAGGAUGAAUUCACUUAUUUUUCUUACAAAAUAUGGUUCCAAAUGCCAUAUUGAAACCUGUAUAUAAACCUUGUAGUGUACUGAAUCUUCACCUGGAUCAAACCAGCCCAGUUACACUGAUCAUUCCUGAUUGUGCACCAGACUGAGGAAGCUCCAGCAGCGUUUGCAACAACGAAACAAUGUGUUGUAUAUAUUUUUAAUGUUCAAAUCUCUUUAUAACAUGCCAGUGUUGUCAUGCAGUGAAUGUGACAUCGCUGCAUCUUUAAAAGAAAUGUUGGUGCUUCAAAAGGCUGUGAAUCAAGGCAAAUGGAGAGAAACACUUGAAAAGGAAUACAGCGUCAGAGACAAUGGUUUUUUUAGUGAUGUGAGUUGGAAGUUUUCAUCCAGGCAGAAAGCUUUACACUGUUUUCUUUCUUUGUUUUCUUGAGUGGGCAGUUAUCUUUUUGGCAAUGACAUAAUUGAAAAAGUCUUGCCAAAAUGCAGCAGAGAUAAAUUACUUUUAUUAAUGUGGAGUUUUGUGGCUGACUGUGCUGAUGCCUGUCUUAGAUGGAGAUGUUGUGAGUUAAAAAAAAAACUGUCAUCCAAGGCCUCGGCUGCCCCACAGAUUACUUCUGAAACUGCCACUCAUGGUUUCAUACUGUACAGUCCAAACUCAUGUAGGAAAACAAAGACUUCUUGUCCAAUGUGGUUGGUGACUUUGAAGCUCAAAAGAUUUUGAUUUUUUUCUGUGUUGUCUGUCUCUUUCAUCCCCUCUCCCGCUCUCUAUUUUUGCACAAAAACAAACAUGAGGAGCCUGAGUGUGUCACAGCACCAGAGAGUGAAUCAGGAUGUCUCUGAAUACUGUCUGACCUGGCCCCUAAGUUAGCUGGAGAGUCCUUAAAAAACACUGAAUAUGGAUAGGGAUGAAAUCUUUGUGUGUGACUGAACAUGAAGUUAUCUCCAGUGAUGCUCAUUUUCUGCCAGUUCACUGAAAUGAUCAGUGAGUCAAUCAGUUGAAGUUUUUUGCCAAAUCAUUGUAUUUUGCCAAAUGUUGUGUUUUAACUGUAGAUGUCUGAUAGUGUCAAAGAAAAUAAAGAUAUUGAUAAAUGAGAACGAUUGA